AUGGGGUGUUUAAGUGGCCGUAGAAAAAGGUUAAUUGAGCAGGUUUUAGAAUGGAAUUCUAGUAGGUUGGGUUUAUUCGAACUUACGAUCCCCGAUGAAAAAUGUGAGUUCAGUGGGGUCAUGCGGUUUUUCCUUCAGGACGAAAAUCGGAAAUUCCAGACAAAGUGCAUCAGAGUGUCAAGCUCGUCCAAAACUUCUGAAGUUGCGGAAAUAUUGAAAGAAAAGUUUUGCAUCAAAGAACCAUCCGUCAUUAGCAAACGUUUUGGGAUUUACGAGCAUCAUCCAAACGGAGUUAGACGGCUGACAAACGAUGAAUAUCCUUUGUUAGUACAACUCAGUUGGAGUAAAUUAGAUCGAGAAGGAAAGUUUAAAAAUGUUUCAAGAAGUCAAAAUGGAACAAAUUUAUUUCAUGGUUCAAAUAAUAAUAGUACUGUUUGUGGAUCAGUAAUCAACCCUAAAACUCGUCUAUUUCAACGUCGCUGGUCUUUUCGACGUGAAAAGAUUAUUUCACCUGUGACUGUGAAAACAGAUGAAAGACGUAGACCACCAUUAGGUUGUGCAGCUGGUGUAGGAUUGUCGAAAACUCGUUCUAAUUUUAUUACUGAAAAUUCAUUGAAAUGCUUACUAGGAUCAAUUAAACAACAUGGUAGUGGCGGUAAUAUUAUCCACCACAAUAAUAACAAUAAAAAUUUAAUUUCACUAAAUCCUGACACUCUACCAAACUCAUCAUUUACACGUACAAUAUUAGAUCCGGAAACGGCGAUGCAACGAAAACGUCAACGCACAUUAGAAGCUAAACUUAUGCAAAUGUUACAUCAUGAUAAUAUUGAAUCAGGUAAGUUUAAGAAGUAAAAGAGUUUUUUAAUUUAAUCCAACUACUUCUAUGAAUCCGGUAUUCAUCUUGUGCUAAUGAGGUAUGUCAUGUUGAAACGAUGCACAUAUGUGCCUGGUCCUACGUUGUAGCUGACUGACUUUCAAAGAUUAAAACUAUUGAUAGCUAGAAUUCGGUACGAUUUUGUGUAUAUUUAAGUUGUUUUGCAGUAUUUCAACGCAACUAUAGAUAAGAAAUCAAUAAGGCUACUCUUUGAAGUUGAAUAUUCUGUAUGUAGUAUAUGCUGCAGAAUAUAUGUUGUAGUUUGUCAGUACUGUUCUUUCCUAAGCCACACUGUUAAAUAUUGCCGAGCAAGACUACGAAUUGUUAUCGAUAAACCACUGGCAUACGUAGCUCCACAACAAAAAGCGGACUGGCGUAUAUGCAUCAGUGUUCUAAAGGUUAGGCGUUCUCGUGCGAGAUCGUGGAUACGCAUUAGUGAGUUGUCCCAUACUAGGACGAAACGACCGUCCAGUACUUCCAGGUUUACAGUGGUGUUCUAGCUUAGAUCGUAUCCUGGUACGACCGAGAGUGGGGAGAGUCCUCUCUUCUUCUCGAAAUGCUCUCACUUGGCCACGCGUAUACAGCGACUGUGCGGGAACACCUACUCACUACCUUGUCGCGGCCGGGGUGUUGUAUACGAAGUUGCUCCACUGCCUUGUGGAUCAGACCUUCAAGUCUAAGACUCCGAGUGUGGUCCCCUAAGAAAACCACCUGGUUCGGUCUGGGCACACGGGCAGUAUCACAGUCCACACACAAAUCAAGUGACUUGUGUGUCGCAUAUGUAUUUGGUGCCCCUUUGUACCAAUAUUUAUGUGCUCAAAUAAAUAAAUAAAUAAGUCAUAAGCUAUAACAAGUGUUAGGUGAGAUGACUCGAAAAUGGUCACGGUAGUAUGGAUGUAUUCGUGCUUUAUCUUAUCCUUCAUCAGAAUCCCACGUUCAACUAAUUUUUAUGGAAAAAUAUGCGACACGUUUCAUGUGUCUUGUGCCUUAAACUAUUAUUGAUAUUAUUUUCAUUUAUAUUUCACAUCCUUUUCAUUUAAUCUUGAUAAUUUCACUCGAUUACAUUUGUAUGAAGUGAAGGUCAACUUAAGCAUAUGAAUAUGUAUACCAUGCGUUAAAUUGUUUAUAAUAAAUGGAUUUAAAAAUGGUUGAGGUCCAGGAAAAAAGUAGUAGUAGUAGCAGUAAUAGAAAACCUCCGCUGCUAACUCUUUAAGAUCUACUGCCGGUCCCGAGCCCGGGUAAAGGAGCAGGGUUAGGCGUGGGGUUGGCAACUCCAUCCAAUAGAAAACAACCUUUGUAAGACAACGCUAACUAGAAUAAACGAUUUAAACCACUUACACUCUGCCCUCUGAGUUGAAGGAAGAAUUAUGACGCCUCAUGAUGAAAUCCAAGAUUACUCAGAAGUCACGAAAUGGAUGCCCCUUCCAACAACCAGAGCAACAACUUUCAUAGAUCCAUGGAUCGACCCGAUAAUGUGGGAGACCAAGACGACCAGUAAAAUAGCAACGGAAAUGAGGAAAUACAAAUUGGCAGUACUGGGAAUCAGCGAAAAUUAAUGGACCCAAGCUGGAAAGAAAAGGAUAGGUUUGGGAAAGAUGCUGCUGUACUCUGGUCACGAAGAACAAAAUGCUCCACACACUCAGAAGUUGCUCUGGUGCUGUUCAAAGAAGCACGAAAUGCACCUAUAGGAUGGGAGUCCCAUGGACGCAGGCUCAUCAAAGUAUCCUUCAAAAAGAGAGAACGAGGGAAUCACAAUGAAUAUUAUCUAAUGAUAUGCACCCACCAAUGAUAGCAACGACAAUGAUAAAGAUCAGUUUUACGAGAGGCUGCAAUUAAUCAUAGCAAAGUGCUUAAGAAAAAACUUAACUAUCCUGAUGGGAGAUCUAAACACCAAAUUUGGAAUAGACAACAACGGUUAUGUAAGAUUUCAUGGGACGAUAUGGACUGGGAGAGAGAAACGAGAAUGACGAGAGAUUUACAAAUCUAUGUGCAUUCAACAAAUUGGUCGUAGGCGGCACAAUAUUCCCUCACAAACGCGCACACAACGCUACAUGAAUCUCACCGGACCACACCACAGAGAACCAGAUAGAUCAUAUUUGCAUCAGUAAAAAAUUCACAAGGUCAAUGGAAGACGUGAGAACCAGGAGAGGAGCUGACACAGCUUCAGAUCACCACCUGGUGGUUGCCAAUUUAAAACUGAAGCUAGAGAAGCAUUGGACAACUGAACAAACAGCAUUACACAGGUUCAAUACAGCCUUCCUUCGACAUAUUGACAAACUCAACAAAUUCAAGAUAACUCUCAACAACAGGUUCCAAGCCUUACAGGAUUUACUGAAAGAAUAAGAAACUACUACGGAGGACAACUGGGAACGGAUCAAAGAAGCACUAACCUCAACGUAUUAGGAGGUUCUGGGUCUCAAGAAGCAUCAUCAUAAGGAAUGCACCUCUAUAGAAACGCUGGACAAGAUCAAAGAAAGGAAGAACAAGAAGACAGUAAUUAACAACAGCCGAACGCGAGCAGAGAAAGUCCAAGCACAAGCUGAGUACAUAGAAGCAAAUAAGCAAGUGAAGAAGACCAUUAGAGCCGACAAGCAAAAAUACAUGGAAGAACUAGCAACGACGGCGAAAAAAGCUGAAAGAGAAGGAAAUAUGAAA